AUGAGCAUGUGGAACGCUCUGGCGUCGGCAGCCACAACGUCGGAGGGCUGCCUUCGGGAGGGAGUCUGCCAGCCAUCUCUGCGGUGGUUUCCUCGCUUCGAGCGAUGGUCUCUGCAGCCCCAGCCAAACAGAAAGAAGAGCCAAGAAGAGAGCCACUCGCAGAAGUCAAAGGAGAAAUCGACAAAGAAGAACAAGUCGGAGAGGAGCAAGAGGAGACAGAAGAGGGCAACGAAAGCAACCAGGAAAGAAAAGAAGGAGAAGAAUAAGAAGGAGAUAGAGGAGCGCCCAAAGCCAGCAGAGAACGAGGAACGGACGGUGGAGACCAGCACAGCCCCGAGCAUCGGCGAGGUCGCCAACAACAAGCUGCUCGCGCCACAGGCGCAGGGCAGUGAACUGAGCGAGGCGACUCUGGCCCUCAUGGACUCUUCUGAGCCACUCGACGGCGACAUGUGGGAGGAGGUGGACGAAUCCGUCCUGCUCCAGGACUUCCUCGAAGCCGAUUCUUCUUGGCCCGGCGACGAUCACAGCCUGAUCCCGUCGGAGCUGUCGGAUGAGGCCGGAACGCAGGAGCUCCUCACUUCCAACUCCCUGGAGACCGACAGCAAGCACGUAGUGGCCUCAGUUGCUGCCCCUGCGGGAUCGAGCCAGGCCGGUCUCCACGGCGCUCCUCAGCAAAAGAGAAAGGCUGCCCAGAAGUUUAAGCCCCACGAGCUCGACACCCUGAAGGCGUUCUUCCUGGUCGAUCCCCUGCCUUCCCACUCCGCCAAGAAGACACUCGCAGAUCAGAUGGGGACCAGUACAGUUCUCGCGCCGACGAUAUAA